ACACGUGCGACUUGCCUUUAGAGUUGUCUUUGUAGCGCAUGGCGAGGAAAACUAUUUAUUUUUGACCAUCAGGACAACCUUAACUGAUUAUUUCGAGGAUGGGGAAAGGAAAAAGGAAGAAGAGAAAGACCCAUCAAGAUCCAACAGAAGCAGAAAUCAACAAAAUACCUCACAGUUUUGUCAUGCACAGGGGGGAUGUGGGGAAAUGUGUGCUUCAACUUGAGAUGGACUUGAGACAUGUUAUGGAACCGUACACUGCAACUAAUUUAAAGGUAAAUAAGAAAAAUGUUUUGAAGGACUUUGUUCAUGUUGCUGGCCCUCUGGGUGUGACGCACUUACUGAUGCUGUCGAAAACUGAAAUUGGAACAUAUUUGAGGUUUUGCCGCAUACCUAGAGGACCAACACUGACAUUCAAAAUUCAAGAGUAUUCACUUGUGAGGGAUGUGAUAUCUUUACUUAAAAAACCCAAGACAUUUGGAAGUCAAUUUAAGAAGCCUCCUUUGCUGGUGUUGAAUGGAUUCUCCACGGAUAGCUUAUCAAUGAAGCUGAUGACCACAAUGUUUCAAAAUUUAUUUCCUUCAAUCAACAUCCAAAAGGUUCACCUCUCAGGAAUAAGAAGAUGCGUUUUGUUGAAUUACAACUCAGACACUAAAAUUAUUGACUUCAGGCAUUAUAAUAUUCAAGCUGCUCCCAUUGGAAUAAGCCGUGGAGUGAAAAAACUGAUUCAAACAAAACUUCCUAACAUGGCACAACUGAGUGAUAUCAGUGAUUAUGUCCUGAGAGGUGGAUGUGGUUAUGGCUCAGAGAGUGAAGGUGAAGAACCAGUUGACUCGAGGGUGACCUUACCACAGAAUGUACCAGGAAGGGGAAAUGUUAAGGCACAACAAAGUGCAAUACGUCUUACUGAGCUUGGGCCCCGAAUGAGCCUUCAGCUUGUGAAGAUUGAAGAAGGAUUGUGCUCAGGGGAGGUUCUUUUUCAUGAAUUUGUGAAAAAGACAGCAGAGGAAAUAAAAGAGAUGAAAAGGCGUAGAGAUGAAGCAAGGAAAUUAAAGGAGCAAAGAAAGAAACAGCAACAAGAGAAUGUCAAGAGGAAAGAAAAAGAGAAAGCUUUAAACAAAGUGCGAAGUAUAGAAGGACAGAAAAAGAACCUAAAGCUUAAGGAAGGUGGUGAUAACAUUGAUGAUGUUAAUAUGGACACAGGUGACAUAGUGGAUAAUGAUGAUGCAGACUGGUACAGACAGGAGGUUGGCGAAGAACCUGAUCCUGAGCUUUUUCCAAAAGUCCACAAAAAGAAAAGGCCUAGAGAUGUUGCAACAGUUCCUGGUAAAAAGAGGAAACAUUCUGAAAUAGUUGAUAACUCAGAAACAACCAAGAUAUCCUUAAAAGAAACAGAACAUCGAAAAUACAAGCAAGAGAGAAAAGUCAAGAAAUCUGUGAAAUUGAAGCCAUUAAAAAAAGGUGUCAAGAAAGGAAAGAAAGUUAAAUUUGGAAGGAAGUCAAAAUAGGGAAGAAAAUAAGAAAACCAAUGAUGCGUCUGAUCCUGAAACAUAAAUGUAUAACUUGACUGGUAUUGAUCGAGGAUACAGACUCCUUUUGUCACUGUUCUUUUAAUAUACAGAGGAGUGAGUGGAGUUUAAAAAGAUUUUUAUAGGAACUUGCUGACUUUGUAUUAAA